CAUACUGGUUGAAACCGACAGAAAGCUGCUGGAGUUCUGCCACCGAGUCGACCAGCAGGGAGACAGACAGCCUUCAGCCGCCUCACAGUGAGCCCUUCACCUCACUAGCUCCUGACUUUGACCCCGGUAUGUCCACUCUCUGUGUGCUGAGGACUCGCUGCUUCCUCCGGCAGGUCUUCCCCAGCCUGCCCGCCGCUGUUUCCACCAUGCACAAACACUACAGCCUGGACGUCGCCGCUCCUCUGCUGCGGACUGACAGCUACGUGAACGGCCGCUGGGUCCCUGCAGCCUCGGUGUUCCCCGUCCUGGACCCAGCCACGGGGAAGGAGAUAGCCCGAGUGUCGGACUGUGGACCUGCCGAGGCCAAGCAGGCUGUGGACGCCGCGUAUAAGGCGUUUCACUCGUGGAAACAGUACACGGCCAAGGAAAGGAGCAUCCUCCUGAGGAAGUGGUUUGACCUGGUGACGCUGCACAAAGAAGACCUGGCCAAGCUGAUCACCUUUGAGAGCGGUAAGCCCCUGAAGGAGUCUCUUGGCGAGAUCGCGUACUCUGCCUCCUUCCUGGAGUGGUUCUCUGAGGAGGCUCGCCGAGUUUACGGCGACAUCGUCCCGUCGCCCGCCAAAGACAGAAAGAUCCUUCUCCUCAAACAGCCUGUGGGCGUGGCCUCUAUCAUCACACCAUGGAACUUCCCGAGCGCGAUGAUCACCAGGAAGGUCGGAGCUGCUCUGGCUGUCGGCUGCACGGUGGUGGUGAAACCCGCCGAGGACACGCCCCUGUCAGCGCUCGCUCUAGCUGAGCUGGCGGAGCAGGCAGGGAUCCCGGCGGGGGUCUUUAACGUGGUCCCGUGCUCCAGGGAGAAGACUCCCUCAGUCGGGGAGGUUCUCUGCACCGACCCGCUGGUAGCUAAAAUCUCCUUCACCGGCUCCACUGCCACUGGAAAAGUGCUGCUCAGAAUGGCUGCUGACACUGUGAAGAAGGCAUCCAUGGAGCUGGGAGGCCACGCCCCCUUCAUAGUGUUCGACAGCGCUGAUGUGGACAAGGCGGUGGGCGGAGCCAUGGGGUCCAAAUUCAGGAACUCUGGACAGACGUGCGUGUGUUCGAACCGCUUCCUGGUUCAGAGCGGCAUUCACGAUCGUUUCAUGGAGAAGCUUGGUCAGGCGAUGGACGCUGAGCUCCGCCUGGGACACGGCUUGGAGCCCAACACCACACAGGGCCCGCUCAUCAACACCAGAGCUGCAGAGAAGGUUGCUCAUCAGGUUUCAGACGCUGUGUCCAGAGGAGCGAAGGUGUUGAAGGGCGGGAAUCGUCUGGAAGGUUCCUUCAUGGAGCCAACCCUGCUGGCCGACGUCACCACAGACAUGCUGUGUACGAGAGAGGAGACGUUCGGCCCACUGCUGCCCGUCAUCAGGUUUAACACGGAGGAGGAGGCUCUGGCUAUCGCUAACGCAUCGAAUGUUGGGCUGGCAGGCUACAUGUACUCCCAGGACGUGAGUCAGAUCUGGCGGGUGGCCGAGGCGUUGGAGGUGGGCAUCGUCGGAGUAAACGAAGGUCUCCUGUCCACCCCGGAGGCCACGUUUGGGGGGGUCAAACAGUCCGGAUUGGGCCGGGAAGGCUCCAAGUACGGCAUCGACGAGUACCUGGAGGUGAAGUACAUGUGCUUUGGAGGUCUGAAACCCUGAAGAGGACGGAGCGACGCCACAGAUCCAGUGCCUGGCCGCUCUAUGAGAGAGAUCCCGACUGCUCAUCGUGUGCUGAUGACACCUCUGUCUCUGCGAGUUCACAGCUCAGGGUGAGGUGGGGGAGGCAAAGAGAGGACGACAGUAUGGAUUUGCUCUACUUCAAAUAGAACUUGAGGUACAGAUGUGUUAGAAUGUCAAGAAAAGCACUGUAUGGACACUGUAACCCCCUCAGGGAGAAAAAGUCUUGCUAGUCGUGUUGUUGAAUCGUGGUCGUGGCACGUCUUGGAUGCAUCAUUAAUUAUGGUGCACUACAAAACUAUUUCAUUCCCAGCGCUCGUAAUCUGGUGUGACGUUUGAUGAUGAGUUGUGACGUUGCAGUCAGGCCAAAAUCUGGCUGAAUUCCUGUAGUCUGAUCCGACCUAAAGCAUGUGCAGUUUGACAUGAUUGUAAUACAGUCUGCCAUUGGUUGACAGUGUCGCUACCUGAUCCGUCUCGGAAACCCAAUUCGUACUGCGCAUGCGCAAACGCGUUUUCAUCCGCUCGGCAGAGAAUGGUCUAGCUGCAGCCGCUACAAAACACGCCCCAUCGAUCCAUACAAUAAAUUAAUUCUAACCCUAACCAGUGGAAUUUAAAUGCUAAACCUAACCUAAAGCAGAUGUAGACGCAUGUUUCCCGGUUUCCGGGACGGAUCGGGUAGCAACAGGCAGCCUCUCAAAAAGCAUUAUGGGAAAAAAAUAUGGCCCUUAGCAUUCAAGCUAGCAGCAAUAAAUGAUUGAAAAGGGUUCAAAAAAUGACAAAAAUACAUUCUGUAUCAGAUCUACCAGAGUGUAUUUAAGUCUCUGGAGAGUCCCAUGCCAUGGAUAGCAUCAAUCAAACGGCACAUCAGCUUCAAGAGGGAGAAAAAGUAAGAAGCUAUGAUUUAUGGUCACGUGUACUCGCCGAUACCAAAACCAACAUUUGCAGCAGAAUCUGACAUUUCUGAUAGUAGUUUAGGAAUCUGAACAACAGUAAUAUGUAUAAAUCUCCUUUCUGAGGGUUCAUCAAUGAUGACAAAUGACUACUUUAUAAACACAUUGCCUCCUUUUUUAUUAGAUUUUAUCUGAUAUGACGAUACUUUUAAAGAUGUUAGAUAUUAUUGGUAUAUCUGUAUAGGCAGAUAUUAGCUGAAAAAAUGAGUUAUCACAUGAGCAUUUGUUUAAAUUUUUGCCAAUAUUUACAACCAAUAUUUUGUCUAUAAAAACCGGCCUUUAUCAGAAGUAAAUAUUGGCCGUUAGUUUUAGUCUGGACCAACAGUCCUACAACAGCAGAAGUCUUCUUUUUAUUCAUUGUCAUUCCUUACGCUUUUAAAGGCUGAUGUUUUAAGGUCUGAACAUUUAAAUAUUAGUGUCAGCUAAAAGUAAAAUAUAAAUAUCAGCAUAUCUGAUAUCAGCAGUUUGUUUAUGGGUCAGGGGUUUUCAUCGCUAGAUACUUCCAAACUACAGCUUUUGGAAAAUAAUAUUAUGAUUCAAUAUUUACAGCUGGUUUAUCGGCUGUAAAUAUCAGCAGAAAAUCUGCCGAUACCAGUUUGUUUAAUUCCUCUUCUUUGAUCUGAGCAUGAAAAUCAGACAAAAUAAUCACUUUUGCUUGACUUAUGAAUACUGAAAGAGGAAAUUCAAAUUCAGAUUCAUGUGGAUUCAAACAGCCACCAUAAACAGAUGUCCUUUAAAAACAGUGUUAGUGUGGAUUCCUUAUGCAGUUAAAACAGGAAGCUUUUCAUCUGAGCCACCAUAAAAGUAAAAGAAGGCUUGCAGAUGUGCCAUAUAAUUAUUUUUUAAAGCAAUUUUUCAUAACAGAAUAGUCCUUUUUUAUUUUUUGGUGUUUGACAUGAGCUGAAACUCUCAUCUUUGCUGCCCUCUGGUGGUUAGAACCACGUUCAGCUAUUUCUGCAAUCACUAGAGAUUAAAUUCCUCCCCCUAAAUCCUGAUAAUGUUGAAACAGUUUAAUAAAAUUAAUCUGAAGAUGUUUUAUUAUUGUUGAAUGAUAAUAACCAGGUGUUAUGGAGCUAUUUCUGUUUCCAUGAUUGUACAGCUCGUUGUGUUUCUAAUAUGAAGUGAAAUCUGUCCUAAUUGUAAAAUACUGUUGUAGUUAGAAUUUAAAGAGAAUAACUUUUCUAUGACUGUCUAGAGAUAU